AUGCAAAGACAAGUACUAACUGGCGCAACCUACAGCCGAUCCUCCAAGGCGGGUCUCGCAUUCCCUGUCGGUCGUGUCCAUCGUCUCUUGAGAAAGGGCAACUACGCUCAGCGUGUCGGUGCUGGUGCCCCGGUCUACCUGGCGGCUGUCCUUGAAUACCUGGCGGCUGAAAUCCUCGAGUUGGCUGGCAACGCCGCUCGUGACAACAAGAAGACCCGUAUCAUCCCUCGUCAUCUCCAGCUUGCCAUCCGCAACGAUGAGGAAUUGAACAAGCUUCUCGGACACGUCACAAUCGCCCAGGGUGGUGUUCUACCCAACAUUCACCAGAACCUGCUGCCAAAGAAGACCGCGAAGGGCAAGAACCCCAGCCAAGAGCUAUAA